AUGAGAAUAGUUGAAUCUGAUAAUGCAAAGUUCCUUGAAAAUGGUGGAAUUAGUGGGAGUGAUAUAUCGCGAAAUGUGGUCAUUAAAGAAAUUCAGGUUCCUAUACCGAUAUCUAGACUUUUAACAGACAUUGUUGUUCCUUUAGUUGUUGAAAGGCAUGAUAACACUGAACAACAGUCUAAUGAUACUUGUAUGAGACCAGAUAUUAGUUUUGCAAUUGGGAUGUUCGGGAGGUACCAAAGUCAUCCCGGAAUGGAGCAUUGGAAAGCUGCAAAGAAAGUCUUGAGGUACUUAAAAGGAACCAGACACUGUAUGCUCACAUAUAGGAGAACAGAUCAGUUGGAGGUGGUUGGCUACUCUAACUCAGAUUUUGCUGGAUGCGUUGAUAGUCGUAAGUCAACGUAUGGCUAUUUGUUCCUGUUAGCUGGAGGAGCAAUAUCAUGGAAAAGCGCCAAAUAG